AUGAGGAACCCGGGAUGCUGCACACUCCUCCUCUUCUUGGUGGUCAUGAACCUGACCGAGUAUUGUGCAGGCUCGCACUGGCUGCAGAUUUUCAACAUUGUGAUUUUGGAGCCUGGCAUAAUUAAUUCCCGGUUCAUCCACAUUGGCUAUGUAGACUCUAUACAGUAUCAGGGAUUUGACAGCAAAGAUCCAAUGGCUAUUUUGAAACCUCGGACUGCAUGGAUGGAGCAGGAACUACCUGAAUAUUGGAAUGUGGAGACAGCAAGUAUUCUGAAAUUGUCACAGGUAGAUAGACGACUUCUUCACUUCAUGGUGACAAAACAUGAACAUAGAAUGGACGAUUAUCACACCCUGCAGGAAGUGUAUGGCUGCAAUGUGGCUAAUGAUGGGCGCUUCCUCGGUGGUCACUUCCGGCUCACCUACUAUGGCUAUGAUUACUUAUACCUGAAUGAGGACCUGAGCGCCUGGACUGCAGAUGGAAAGGCAGCUGAACAUGUGAAGAGCACUUGGGAUAAUGGAGGUGAUGCAGAAAGGUGGAAGACUUACCUGCAAGGGGUGUGCACAAAAAGGCUUCUUAGAUACCUGGUCCUUGGAAAGGAGAUGUUGCUGCGCUCUGAUGCCCCCCAAACAUAUGUGACCCACCGUGUAACACCUGAAGGGAAUGUCACCCUGAGGUGCUGGGCCCUGGGCUUCUACCCAGCUGGCAUCACCAUGACCUGGAAGAGGGAUGGGAUCAACCACACCCAAGACAUGGAACUGUCAGAUACCAGGCCUGCAGGGGAUGGAACCUUCCAGAAGUUGGCAGCUGUGGUGGUUACAUCUGGAGAAGAGCUGAGAUACACAUGUCAUGUGCACCAUGAAGGGUUACCUGAGCCUCUCACUCUGAAAUGGGAGCCUCCACACACCAUCCCUAUCAUAGCAAUUCUCAUCAGCCUGGUUCUUGGAAUUUUGGUGGUGGGAACGGUGAUCAUUUUUCUAAUGUGGAAAAAAUGAAGUGUGAGAUACAAACAUUCUGUGACUUCAAAAGCUCCUGACUUUUCUUUCAAUGGCUGAUACCUGUGUCCAGGUCUCUGUCUCCUGUCAGGAGGGGCAGAUCUGGUAGACCUCCAUCAGAAACUGACCUUUAGUUUCCAAUGAGCUAUUAAUUUAUUUCUCCAUGUUUAACAUGAGAAUUUUGUUAAUUUCUUAUUGUUUGACUUCUUCCUAUAGUGUAUUUAAUGAGUAAGCCCAAUCAAACAAAGAUGAAUAACAUAUUAACUCUGUCUUGAGAAGUUGAAAUCCAUUCGUUGGGUCUUCUCUAUCUUUUUCAGAGUACCAUUCUUUCUCUUCAACCUCAUAUUGAUGAACUUUAAACUACUAAUAAACUUUAAAUUUGAUUCA